AUGCCUCCGACUCUCUAUGUCAUUCGCCAUGCACAAGGCGAACACAAUGUCAACAACUCUCACCAUCUGCGGGAUGCAUUGUUGACAGAUCUCGGCAAAAUUCAGUGUAAAGAGCUCCAAAAAAAGUUUCCGUUCCGUCAAGAUGUUGAAGUCAUCCUCGCAUCUCCACUCCGACGCACUAUUCAGACUGCCGCCUACACUUUCGCGCCUGAAUUAGAGAAACGACAGAUACCCAUGGUUUUGGUGCCAAAAGCACAAGAGAUUAGUAGUUUGGCGUGUGACAUUGGCCAUGACGCUGAAGUGACAAUCUCCGAGGCCCAGAAGUUGAUCGCUGACGCUGCGCCUUUAUGGGAUGCUUCAAAUCUGGACACCACCUUGGUUGAUGAAUCAUGGAACUCAAAGAGGGGAAUUUACGCUUCCAAAUUGUCGGCCGUUCACGAACGGGCUGCUGAGAUGCGCAACUGGAUUUACAGCCGCCCAGAGAAGAAUAUCGCUCUCGUGACUCACGGGGGCUUCUUGCACUACUUUACCGAGGAUUGGACGGGUUAUGUGAAGGGCAAAGGUACUGGCUACCUGAACUGUGAAUAUCGAAAAUUAGAGUUUACCGAAGACUCCACCGAGAAGGAGUCGCACCUUCGAGAAUGUGGUAGCACGCUGGAAAAGCAAGCCAGGCCUGCUGGCCUGGAUGCUCAUUUGAUCCAUGAGAUAGAAGAGGUGGAGAAAGCUUCAUAUGUAGUGCGAAGGAAACCAAUCGAGCACGAAAAUAGAUAG